AGCAAACCAUCUUUUCUCUUCUUGCUUAGUUCUUAACACUUUCUAAUCUCUCAUUCAGGCAUUUCCACAAACACUUUCCAAACAUUCCUUUUUCAACUUUCACCAACAUGGCCAGACCACAACAGCGAUACCGUGGAGUCCGUCAGAGGCAUUGGGGCUCUUGGGUCUCUGAAAUCCGCCAUCCUCUGUUGAAGACGAGAAUUUGGCUAGGAACUUUUGAAACCGCUGAAGAUGCUGCACGGGCGUACGAUGAAGCGGCGAGGCUGAUGUGCGGUCCCAGGGCUAGGACCAACUUCCCUUACAAUCCCAAUGCACCGCAAUCUUCGUCGUCGAAGCUUCUGUCCGCCGCUCUCACUGCCAAACUCCACAGGUGCUACAUGGCAUCACUUCAAAUGACCAAGCAACAGUCAUUACAGCAAGAACCCCAGAAGCCCCCCACUCCAAAUGUUAUCGCCGGCAAUGGCAUAGAAACUAAAACUACUGAAACGGCCAGCCGGUUACCGGAGAAGAAACCAUUGCCUGCGCCAGAGACGGAGGCCAAUUGGGUGGCCAAAAAAACUCAAAUUGAUCAUAAUAACACCCAACAAUUCAAGUUUCUUGAAGAGGAUCAGGAUCACAUUGAGCAGAUGAUCGAAGAACUUCUUGAUUACGGCUCGAUGGAGCUAUGCAAUGUUUAAAAUGAAUCCCACAAAAUCCUCACUCCAUUCUCCACAUUUCUUCCCACUAAUUUAACCCAUUCUUCCCAAGAAUCUCACCCGUAUCAGAAUCCAGGAACCCUUUUAGCCACUAAUGUACAGAAUUUAAGCUAUGUUCUAAAUUAUAAUAUGUGAUAUUUAUAAUUUCCCCUGUUUUUCUUGCUUUUUCAUCUAAAUUCAGUGGAAGAAUCAAAUGGAAUGUCCGAA